UCUGUUGCUUUCCUCUGAUUGGACACCUCGCUGUCAAAUGGGGGUACCACGGUUCGCGGCGGCUGCUUUCAAAACAAUGAAAUUGAUACAUUAAAUUUGGAACAGUAAACACACAUGUCCUGUUGGUUUUUGGAUCACUUCAUAUCGCAUAAUAAUGCGACGUUCACAUGCUCCUAGCCAACUGGGUUUGAUGCCUAAAAGAAAAUCUGAUGAAUUCGGAGAUGCUGAAGUAAGAAAGGAGACAGGAUGCAAUAGGACCAAAAAGCAUUGCACAUUAGAUGUUGGCAGUCCACAACAAUAUCUUUCACCAUUUAGAAAACCAUUAGAGAGUAUACAGAAUGUCCCUGAUAAAACAGCUACUGGCUUGUCUAGUCAUGAAGCAUUUAUAAGAAAAAUACUCUCUAAACCAUUUAAAGUACCAAUUCCAAAUUACACAGGUUCCUCUUUAAACAAAGCAUUAGGAGUAAGAAGACAGGGGGCAAGACAACCCUUACAUGACCCCUUUGAAGAUGGUGCACUUGUUCUUUAUAUACCACCAGAGUUGUCUGCCCAUGACCAACUUAAAAUUGAUGUUGAGAAGCAGCCUGUACACAUUGUGGUGGAUCCAAUACUGUCAAAGGUUCUUCGACCACAUCAGAGAGAAGGGGUGAAGUUUAUGUAUGACUGUGUAGUUGGUGUACAGAUACCAGACAACUAUGGUUGUAUCAUGGCUGAUGAAAUGGGUUUAGGGAAAACACUACAGUGUAUUACAUUGGCAUGGACCUUAUUGCGACAAAGUCCAGACUGCUGUCCUACAAUAGAGAAAGCUGUUAUAGUUUGUCCUAGUAGUUUGGUCAAGAACUGGUACAACGAGCUGAAUAAAUGGUUGGGAACGAAGAUAAAUGCACUAGCUGUUGACAGUGGUUCAAAAAGUGAUAUUGAUAGAAACCUGAGUGAGUAUUUUAUACUAUCUGUGAUCUCACAUGUACACAGAAUGCAUAAGGUGAGAAAGUUUGGACUGGUUAUCUGUGACGAGGGUCACAGGUUAAAGAAUAGUGAAAACCAAACAUACCAAGCUUUGACUGGUUUAAACUGUAGACGUAGAAUUUUGUUAUCUGGUACACCUAUACAAAAUGACCUACUAGAAUACUUCAGUCUUAUACAUUUUGUAAACAAGGGAAUUCUAGGAACUGCCCAGGAAUUUAAAAGAAAGUUUGAGACACCAAUCUUGAGAGGUAGAGACUCUACAGCAUCUGAUGGGGACCACAAAAAAGGAAUGGAAAAAUUACAAGAACUGGCCACCAUUGUAAACAGAUGUAUAAUCAGAAGAACACAGGCUUUGUUAACACAGUAUUUACCUGUUAAAAUUGAAGAAGUAAUUUGUAUAGAGUUGACACCAGUCCAAAAAGAAAUGUAUAAACAUUUGGUCCAGUCUAAAUCAGCAGAAUGCUUACAGAAAGCAGAAGCAGGGAACCAGUCUGCCGGCAGUCUGUCAUUUAUCACACAGCUUAAAAAAUUGUGCAAUCAUCCUGAUCUUAUUUAUGAGAAAUGUGUUGAAGAGGCUGAUGGUUUUGAAGGAAUGAUUGAUAUGUUCCCUGCUGGUCAUAAUCUCAGAACUGUCAAACCAGAACUCUCAGGAAAGUUCCUAGUAUUAGACUGUUUAUUAGCUAUGAUAAAGUCUUCCAGCAGUGACAAAGUUGUCCUGGUAUCCAAUUAUACACAGACUCUUGACUUGUUUGAAAAACUCUGUAGAUUGAGAGGGUAUAUAUUUGUUAGACUGGAUGGAUCAAUGACAAUUAAGAAGAGAGCUAAAGUUGUAGAAAGCUUCAAUAAUCCAACUAGUCCUGAGUUUAUAUUUAUGCUGAGUAGCAAGGCAGGUGGUUGUGGUUUAAAUCUUAUUGGUGCAAAUCGGCUGGUGAUGUUUGAUCCUGACUGGAACCCGGCUAACGAUGAACAAGCUAUGGCUCGUUGCUGGAGAGAUGGGCAGAAAAAAAAUUGUUUCAUUUAUAGAUUAUUGGCUGCUUACAAUUUCUCUUCAAAUAGAGAAACAACUGAAAUGAAAUUGUUUACAUCAGAACAUUUCAUCAACUUGUUAUAUUAUCACUUGAUGAUCCUCUAUGGUGGUGUGGUUAAGGUCACUAACUCGAAUUCAUCUGUCUGUACUGUGAUCAGAUUAAAUACAGGGACUAUGAAUUCUUUCAUGUUUAAGUGUAGAAGAUGUGUGAAUAAUAUACAAGUAAAGCCUCCAUCGGACGACUCGGACUGUAAUUCUGACUUGUCUCAGUGGCAUCAUUCUACUGAUAAAAAAGGUUUAAAAGACUUGAUGUUGAAAGGGGCGUGGUCAUCAGACACACCUAUAUCAUUUGUGUUUCACCAUCAUUCACAUGAACAACAAAGAGUGACUGUAUAACAUAAAGUGAAUGAAGUAUCUGUAGUGCUAAUUUAUUAUAGAGCUAUUUUCAUGAUUUUUGUUAAAGAGGAACAGGUUCCAGAUAGAUGUUUUUUGAUGUGUACCUGGAAAAACCAGGGUUCAUUGGUAACAAUGAAAAGAGUUGCAUUUGGUAAUGCAGCAGAAAAAGGUGCUUGUAGUCAGGCAGUUUCUAAUCAAAGCAAAACUUCAGCAAGAAUUAAAGAGAGUAUAUGGAGUAUAAAAUGGCUACUGCUUGAAUUGAUAGUGGAAGCACGUCUUUGUUGUAAUAAAUGCAAAUACAUUAUCAAUAAUAUAUCAUACACAUAUACAUGUAUGUUCAAUUAUUUUUUGAUCCCGAUGCUUGGCACUGUCAUUUUGUAACAGACAGAUUUGGAAAUUUUACAUGUUUUGUGGGGUUUAAUGUGCCAUUGUUAUACAAAGUAUAAAACAAAUUGUUUUCAACUAUAGUUUUAGUUGAAAAAAUAGAGAAUGUUGCAGUGUUGACAAUUGAAUAAAAAAGUUUAAAUAUAAAAAUAGAAAUAGUUUUAAUUAUAUUUAUUUCAAAUUGUAUUUAUUGCAAUUUAAUAAUUGAUAUGUAGUUUCCUGCAUUACAAAAAAAUAAAAA